AUGAUGUUGAAAAAGCUGAUUGUGGUUAAUGAACAGGUGAACAACGUCAAGGCACUGGUGGUUUUUGAUGAAGAGCAGACGUGGGGUCAUCAUUGUCUGCACUUAUCUAGUGGGUGGAGGAGAGUUCUACUGCACAUGUGGACUCAAAGCAAGAAGGUUUUGAAAGGAACCCCGGUCUCACAAGGAAAAGAUGUUUCCAGCACUACUGGCAGUUCUGUGGUCGCUGGGUCGAAGGUUCACAAGGACAUCAUUCCAGAGGUCCAGAAAAAGGUUAAGGAGACGAAACAGGUAAAAGACCUGCCAGACAAAAUCUCAUCCACUGGGGAUACCAAGGGCUCAUCAGCUGUAGAUGAGGACAAAAACACAACAGUUGGAGCAAAGAUUCCUGUCUCGCUUGGGUCCAGUAACAGCUGUGUAUCAGAAAAAGAUGCUAAAAACACUGGGUCUUCACCAGCUCCAGAUGGGACAGAUGGUGAUCCUCAGAAAGGAAGCGUCUCGUUUUCUUUUACUCGGACAUCUUCCUCAAAGAUCAAUACUGCAUCCGCAUUCAGCACUGAUCCUGAGGAGCAGAAGACCAGCAGUGUUGGUCCUACUCAAUCUAAUAACACAGGAUUGCAGAACAAUACCAAGCACAGUCUUUCGGCAUCUGUGGGAGGAGGAAAACUUCAGGCUGGAUUUGUUAAAGUCAUGAGUAAGGAUGACGCCCGUGAACUUGAUUGGCCUGGGGAGAUGAUACAGAUGACCACGGCCGAACCGAUCAUCAGUUUCAGCUGUAAUCCUCUGACUUUUGACUUCAGUCAGUUGAUGAAGCGAAAACAGAAGAAAGAGGAACCAACACAAACAGUUGCUCCAGAUGCUGAGAAACCGGUCGUUGCAAGUAAAGUCGAAGAGAAGGAGGAGAAGAAGGAAGUGGUUAAAGAGAACAGUGCCGAAGCAAGUAAAGAGGAGGUGGUGGAGUUCACUGCAGAUGGUGAAGGUGUGAAAGUUGUUAAGAAGAAGAAACGAAAGCAUAAGAAAAAGAAGAAACGCAGCCUCGAGACUGUUGGUGAUGAGGUAGUAGGAAAAGUGGAUGGUGUUGAUGAGGAUAAAGAGGUCGUGAAACAUAGUGCAAAGAAAAGGAAGAAGAAGAGGAAGAAGCGGAGACACAAAAUGGAAGGUGAUGGAGAUGGCAUUGAUGAAAAGAAAUCUUCAAAAAGAAAGAAAAAGAAAUCACGGAGACAUCGUUCCAAAAAUCAGGAAGAUGGAGGCGAAUGUAAAGUUAAUGGCAUGACGGAAAAUAAACCAGAAUCGGGAGAUGAGAAGAACGAAUCGAAAAAGAAAUCAAAGAAGAGGAAACACCGACACAGACAUGAAUCGAAACAUGAACCAGAAGAAGGAAUGGGCAAAAGUGAAGUUUCUGUGGCAAAAGACCAUUCUGAAACUGUGCCCGCAAAGAAGGCUAGGAAGAAAACGGAAAAAGGUAAACUAAGCUUAGAGUAUCAAGACACGGCAUCAUCAGACACGGAUGAAGAACAAGGAAAAGCUAAGGUAACAAAGGAUAAACCAAAAGCAAGUAAAACUAACGCAGACGGUAAAAAUGAAUCUGACACAGAGAUAUCAAAUCCUGGGAAGAAGGUUGGAACUCCUAAGAAAGGAGAAUUGCAGACCAAAGAUUGUGCUUUUGAUGCGAAAAAUAAGCCUACAAGCGAAGCCAUGAAAAGUCCUCAUAAAAGUAAAGCAGCCAUUAAUAAUACAAAGUCGCCCCAUGAAGUAAAGUCGCUGAAGAAGACAAAAACUCCUGAAGGUCAGGAAAACAAAACUCCAACUUGUAGGAAAAGGACAGCUAGUGAAUCAGGAGGGGACGAUCAGAUUCCCAACAAGGCAUUAAAGUCUGCUACUAAGGAGACAUUAGUUUCAGUGAAAGCAGAACCAGACUCAUGGACAAAGAUGGAAUGCUUGUUCGAGCCCAAAUCGAAGGAGACCAAUUUGAAGUCUAAGUGGGACACCAGUGAUAGUGAGAAUGAAGACAAUCCUGGCAGCGAGGUGAAAAAGAGCAACAAGCAGUCUUGUUCCCCAAAGUCAAAAUGCAAGACUGAAAAAGGAGGUAAUCCUGGUUCAGGCGAACGGUCACAGGUUAAAGAGUCUAAUUCUAAAACAGAAGCUAAAAGUCGUAAAAAGUCUUACUCAUCAUCUUCAGACUCCGAUACAUAUAGAAGUCGAUCUCGUAGUAGAUCUAGAACAAGGACAUAUUCGAGGUCACGGUCGAGGUCAUACAGGUCUCGAUCCUUUUCUUAUUCUGAUGAUUCAAUGUACAGCAGAUCAAGGUCUAGGUCAUCUACAAGAUCUAGGUCACGAAGUCGAAGACGUUACUCUAGAAGCCACCGGUCUCAUUCUCACAGUCUGAGCAGGUCAUACAGCAGAAGUAGCAGGUCAAGUUACUCGAGGUCACGUAGUAUAUCUCGAUCUUACCACAGGUCACGGUCGUACACACGGAGCAGAUCCCGGUCAAGUAGUUAUUCAUUAUUCAGAAAAAAAUCUCCAAAACGGUUGUCUCAGAAGAAAACUCUUUAUCCAAGUAAAACAAAAAGUGAGGAGAAGGUUACAGAAGGAAAUGCUGAAAAGAAACUGGAUAUUCCUCUACCUGUAGCAGGAGAAGAACCCAAGAAUGACAAAGAGGAGGAGACCGACCAGGGCGGUAAAAAGAAAGGUGUUGUAAAUAUACCACUUCCACCUCCUGGAGAAACAAAUCCUGAAAGCCAGGAAAAGUCCACUGCUGAUACGACAUCUGCUUCCACUGUCCCUCCACCACCCCCUCCUCAAACUGCUGUGAAUGAAGCACCAAAUCCAGGCAAGGUACCAACGAAUCCCGGACAUGGAUUGGAACCUCACCAGAAUGUUGGCCAGUCUGACCAAGGCCCACCAAAUGUAGGGCCACCUAAUCCUGGAAUGGGACCAUACAAUCCUGAAAUGGGACAUCACAACCCUGGAAUGGGUCAUCACAAUCCUGGAAUGGGACCCCACAAUCCUGGGAUGGGGCCUCAUGGCCCUGGAAUGGGACCACACAAUCCUGGAAUGGGACCACCAGAUCAUCACAUGAUGGGACACCCAGAUGAUCAUCAUAUGAUGGGACAUCCUGAUGACAUGAUGGAAGAUCCAAAUUAUAUGAUGGGUCCUCCUGACCACAGAAUGGGCCCACCUGACCACAGAAUGAUGGGUCCUGAUCCGCGAUAUGGACCUCCCAAUCCUAGGUUUGGACCCCCUGACCCAAGGUUUGGACCACAUCGAAUGGGACCUCCAAGACCACGAAUGGGUCCCCCUGACAUGAGAAUGGGUCCUCCACAUGAUCCACGAUUCAGACCACCUGAUCCACGAAUGGGCCCUCCUGAUCAUCGUAUGGGUCCUCCUGGUCCAAGAAUGGGCCCACCCGGUCCUAGAAUGGGACCUCCAGGACCAGGCCAAAGAAUGAUGGGUCCACCUCCUCGAGGACCUGGGUAUGGACCUCCACGCUUCUUCCCUGGUCAAGGACCUGGACCAGGACCACGACAUGGUCCACCAAUGAGAAAUCAAGGUCCAUAUGGACACCCUCCUGGUGGUCCAGGCAUGAGAGGACCACAUCCAGGCAUGAGAGGGCUUCCGCCACCUGGAAUGCGAGGACCGCACCCGCCAGGCAGACCUCCCGGUCCUCAGAUGUACCCAUCUCGUAUGUCAGAACCACCAAAUGGUCCUCCUCCUGCUGCACCAGCACCAGAGAAUGAAGAGUCACAGAGCACACCACCUCCACUUCCGCCACCAAAAUUACCAUCUCCAAAACCACCACCACCACCAAAGAAAGAAGAGGAGAAGAAGGAAGAACCGAAACCAAUGGUACCUAUAAUACCACCUGAACAGGCAGAGCAGUACAGGAAGCUGCAGGAGCAAGCGCAGAAGCACGCUAAAAGACAGCAGCGCAGGCAGAAGCAGCAGGAAAACGGAGAACCAAUAGAGUCGAGCUCCGAUGAGGAUGAACAGAUGGAGAUGGAAGAGGCCGCCAAUCAGGCUGCUGAUGAUGGAGACUCGGUGGAGGAACAGCCGACGAUCAUCACGAUACCGGCCGCUCAGUCACCGGUCAUGCAGCAGCAGACGGUGAUCUUCCAACCACACCCCGGAACCAUCCUCACUCAGACGCCACAGCUGAUAUCUGCUGGUGGACAGCAACACAUCCUGAUCCCACACUCAGCGUUUGGUGGAGCUACGCCGGUUGGCAUGCCCAUACAGGCAGGUGCUCCGAUGAUCAUGCAAGCAGCUCCGAUGUCGCAAAUCCCAGGAGGAAUACCCACUCACGGAGGAAUCUCCUUCGCUCAUUUCCAGGCUCAAGCUCAGGCUCAAGCUCAAGCUCAGGCACAAGCACAAGCACAGGCACAGGCACAGGCACAGGCACAGGCUUUGCAGCAUCAUUUCUUGGCUGCAGGUCAUGCUCAAUAUGCUCUUCCUGCGGCUGUAGGUCCAGGUAUGAGCGGUCUUCAGAGCAUUCAGAGCUUGCAGAACUUGCAAAACUUGCAGAACUUGCAGAACUUGCAGGCGAUCCAGAGUCUGUAUGGAAUGCAACCGGUUCAGCAUCCGAUCCUAACACAGAUGCAACCACAAGGGCCUGUGAUACUAGUGCCAAGAAUUACCCGUCCACCCGUAUGAUGAUAAGAGUGCGUACUGUCUUCUGUGGUGUUUUUUAAAAAUUCUGUUGUAUAAUUCUCAACAUGCUUUACCAUGCAGACUGUUGUGCUAUGACUUGUGACUACAACACUGAAAUGAUGUUUGUCAUUUCACAAAAAAACCCACUAGAAAUGCAUUGUUGCUACAGUGAUAGAACCAUGAAAUAUUUUUCAUCACUUCAGUGGAAAACCCCUGAAUUAUCAUUUAUGUGUAAGAACACUGAAACAAAUGGUUAUUUUUAGGGAAGGAACACUAAAACAAAUGGUUAUUUCAGGAAAAGAACCUUGAAAUGGUUGUCAUCACUUCAGUGAAAGAACCCUGAAAUGAAUUAGUUACACUGAUGAGGAAUGAGACUAGUGAUAGUGAGAUAUUGUGGAUAUAAAAUAACAAAGUCACCAUCCUGCCAUGGAUGAGAGUUAAUUAAUACAGAGAGUACGGUAACCAAUGUCAUCAUUGUCCUGAUAGAUCGGGUUGCAGACUUGACAAGUGUUGGAAUACUAUACCAUUUGAUUUGGUAGAUGAACUGACUUGCCUCUAGAUUGUGAUGACAAGACUGCAGUGAUGUACUGUUUGUGUCUUUAGACUGACAAAUCCGUCCCAGGCCCAAUUACUGUCCAUGACAGAGCUGGGACCUGUGAGGGACAUGCCCGAAAACCAUAAGGGUAAAGGGGCAUGUGAAUAGAAUUCAGAUUCAGAUUGACAAAAUUGACCUCUGCAAAAUAAUACCGUCGACCAAGUUGUGUGUCUGGAUUUUGAUGGCUGAAGUUAACAAAAGCCACGUUAUGAGUCGGAAGUAGAUAUUGACUGCUUUUAUAAUUGCCAGUGUUGUAAUUUCAAUGGAUUUGGACAAUUCACCUGCGUUCUAAAGUUUCUACUGUUGCAUAACAAUCGGUGAAUUUAACCAAAGUCAUUUUGUGAGGAUGGCUCUGGGUUGAGAAAUCAUCCUGUAUUCUAUAAUAAUUGUCAGUAUUCGUAGCAAUAGUUGGACUGUGAUUAAGGAUACAUGGAUGACGUUUGCAUACCUUUCUGACAUCAUGCCUUGUGAUUCAUUUAUUUUGUGUGUUUGUGUGUAAAAAAUAUAAGUGUUAGUGCAUAAUUGAAACAAUGCAACAGGUGUGUUUACUGUUUAUUCAGGCGGUAGCUACAGGCUUUCGUUUUUGAAAAAUCACUGCUCUUAAAACAUCCAGAAAGGGAAACUCUUAUUUUGAAUGAUAUGAUAAGGGAAAAUGAUAUUUAUUUUUAAUCAAGCUGCAUUUUUCACACCAGUCACAUUGACACCAAUGGUUUGUAGGGGCGUCAAUUGACAGGGCACGUUUGACAUUAACUGUCAUUCUGUUUUUGUGUCGGGUGCAGAAAUUUAAAUUAAUCAAUCCUCCAGUCAGUUAUGUGGUGAACUGUUGCCUUAUAGACAGUUCACCACUUAUCUGAUUGGAGGAUUGAUUAAUUUAAAUUUCUGCACCUGACACAAAAACAAUGAAAUUAAAGGGGUUUUUGUUUACUGACAAACUAGAGCACAUGAUUACUAAUCAUAGGCUUUUGGAUGUCAGACAUUUGGUAAAUUGGACCUACAGUCUUAGAGAGGAAACCUGCUGCAUUUUUCCAUUGGUAGCAAGGGACUUUUUAUAUGCAUCACCCAUAGAUAGGAUAGCACAUACCACAGCCUUUGAUAGACCAAUAGUGAUGCACUGGCUGGAGCGACAAAUAGCCCAAUGGGCUCACUGAUGGGGAUCUGUACAUCAGGUGAGCGAUUUACCACUGGAUACAUCCCCUUCAAUAGUUGUAAACAGCACCACUGAUGCUAAAUUCUAUUUCAUUGAAUAAUCAGUUAAUUUAAAAAACACUUGGGAACAUUAGUGUAGCACAGAAACAUUGUACAUGUGCAUUAGGAAUAGGCAACCCACCGUUUAUACAAAAAUAAUUCAUGCAACAAAACAAUCUGUUGUCUAGUUUAAAAUCUCAGACACAAGCUUUCACAUAUGAAGUCCCUCAGGUCAAGCUGGUGUUUCUCAAAAACGAAAGUGUGUUACUAGGAUAUUUACUUGAAUGUGCUCUGUCUGUAAAUGUGCAAUGUACUCCUUUGUUAUCAGGUAGUGCAUAACCUGAAUAUUUUCAUUUUCACCUCAUUGUUACACUAGCAAAACCAAUGGCCUCCCUAGUUUCUUACUAAUAUAUUAUCUUGUCAGGAUGUUCAUGUGUGGAAAUGUUUUGCCAGUUAGGCGCUGUGUGACAAUUACAUAAUGCUCCAGAGGGGAAGGGACUUGUAUGGAAGGCAUUAUAAAAUGUUUGGGUGGGGUCUCAUUAUUAUGUUGGAAAUAAAAUAUUUUGUUCUUUAACAUAUUUUUUGUGAUCAUAUAUCUGUUACUAAACCAAACCGAAAUACAAACAGAAAAUCCAAGAAUAAGGGAGGAGGGGGUUUAAAAGUUAAAAAAUUUGCAUUAUGUAAAUGUUGAACGGCCCUUAAUGUUUUGAUUUUGUUUUCUUUCUCUUUCUGACAAUUCUUAUAGGUACUUGGGUCUCUGUAUCUUAUUUGCCAUUUGUUUGAAACUUGGUAACAUGCAUGAAAUAGGAAAUACACGUUUUGUUUUCACAUCUAGUCAUUUCAAACAAAUAGGGGAAAACCCCCAAAACAAAACAAAACAACCCCAGAUCACUUCCCACUGUGGCAUCUAUUAAAAGGUGACGUCAAUAUAUUGUACAAUAUGAGCUUAUAUAGAUGUGAGUACAACCAAUUAAAGAUAGUUUUUAAAAAUGCAUGCUCGUCUAAGAAGUAAUGGUUAAUGAGACACGCUUUAGUUAUUUUUGACGGUAUUUCCUUGUUUAAACAUCACAGACAUUAGCUUCUCUCUGUUAUAACCAUAUCCAAAUGUGUUGCAGGUUUGUAGAUUAACUAAACUUAGUGUCCGUCUUUACGGGCUGAAACUAGGGUAUGUGCCUUUAACGGUUUAUUGGAUGUACAGGAGUGAAUAUUGUAAGCAAGAAUCCAAGUUUCAACUAGAGGUCUCUGUACAUUAUUAGUAUUUAUUUUAUUUAUUUUAUUUAGCUCUACAUGUAUGUACCAGUAAAACUAUGGAGUUAUAAAUAAAACAUUUCGUUCUUUCUUUGCUGCAGUCUUAAGUCUGGACUUUCAAAAGUUGCAUAAGCAUGGGUACUUUUAUUUAACGACACACUCAACACAUUUCAUUUAUAGUUAUGUGGUGUCGGAUGGGUACUGGUAAAAGACUUACUAUAAGAAUACAAAUUGAAUGAUAAUAAGUGUGAAUUAAUUUUAGUAUGUCAACCAAUAUUUUACAUUUCCAAAACUUAUCUGUCCAGUUGAAUUUGGGGGUUUUCUGUCACUUUAAAUUCAUAAAUAUUUACUUUGUUCAGUUCACAGUAUUAAAUUAAAACAAUUAUUGUUUUUAUUUUUGUUCUACAAAUAAUCGUGCAUGAAUAUUAAUAUUAUUUUUGUCUCAACAGUUGGAAGCAAACAUUUAAAAUAACCAUGGCUUUCUUGAGGUGACUGUUCAUAAUUAUUACUUUUAUAAUCCCAUGCUUUAUUGUGUAAUCAUUGGUGUCAUCCUUCUCCUGAGUUCAAGCUAUAUAGUUGAUUUGGCUUUAGAUUUGAAGACCAAUUGUAUUGAAAAAUACUCUUGUCUGGAUCGUCUGUAUGUGGUGCCUGAAAACUUGUCAGCCAGUGUUGCUCCACACAUUGGUUUUCACUUACUCUUAAUGUAAAGGCACAUAUACAGAGUUAAUUUCCAAAACGUGAUAUAAGCCAAUUUCCUGAUUUUGGAGUUAGCAGUGAAGGUAUAUUGAUGUUAGUACAACUCGACAUUUUGACACUGAACACUGAUUAUAAAUUUGUAAUUUUUAUUUUAUUUUUAUUAUAUGCAUGUUGCAUGCUAAAUAAUUUGGCAGUAAAAAUUAUGUACAUGGAUACACAGUAAAACAUGUCUAAACAGGACCCUCAACAAACUAGAAUACUGUCAAACUUGGCCAAGUUUCAUGGUCUCAAAUUAAAGAAAACAAAGUGUGACCCUCUUAACACGAUCCUGUCUGAAUUGGAUAAAUAUUAGGCCCACGGUUUGAUCCAGAUUAUAUAUAGACAGAUUUCACUGUAUAGUAAUUUGGAAAUUAACUGUUCAUAUUUAAUACAAUAUAAAAUUUUAUUUAUUUAAUUUUUUUUUAAAAACAAGUUGGUAACCCAUUUAAAAAAAAAAACCCACAAAACACCCUGACAUUCACUAAAAGUUUCAGUAAUUAUGAGUCUGGAAAACAGUAAAGAUUGGUCAGAGUGUAUUUUGUAAAGUUAGGCCUAUGUAUUCGCAGAAAAUUAGUUGAGUAGUUUAGUAAGCCAUUAAAAAACCCCACCCUCUUCCUUAUUGAAUGCUGACAAGACUUAUAACGUGAUUUGAUUCUUAGUAAACGCCAAAGUUGAUCCCCUGAUGACCCCAACCCAGCCAAUUGUUUUUGUUUAUCUUUUUAUAAUUAAAUGUUAUGUAUAGUGCUUGUGCAGAAAUCAGAGCACCGUAUAAAAUUUCAGAGCAAAUUCCUUUCAUCCAUCAAGUUAAAUGUCAUGUUGUUUGUCAUCAUAAUAUAUCUCAUAAAAUUCAUCACUGCCUGUUUGUACGAUAUAAAUAUUACUCUAACUUUGUUAAUUUAAACUAUAUUACUCCAAUUUUAUGUUAAUUUAAAUUAAUAAUUGUUUGUGUUUUUGUUUUUUCUUUUCAUUUACAAUAUCUAAUUUAAUAUUAGUCAUCUUAAUGUCACCAUUUCGCUCUAGUUUCUGAAUGUGAAUACUAAUAGUUGUACAAAGCUACAAGAUGGAACAUAAAAUCUAUUUGUAAAAUUGACUAUCAUAGUAUCGGAAAGGAUAAGAGUGGCAAUUGCUGUGUAUUCCAUUUCAGUUUUGAGCCUUGAUUAAUGCAGAAAGGAUAUCACAUACCAUGGCCUUUGAUAUACCAGUCGUGGGACUGUGAUUGGGAUGGAAAAAUACCAGUCAGAGAAUGGGUCCAUCGAGGGGGUUUGAUCCUUCAACACAAACUCCUGAAGCAAGCUCUGUACUGACUGAGCUAGAUCCUGCCCCAAAUUACAAAGUUUAAAUUGAUGUGUGUGUGUGUGUGUGGGGGGGGGGGGGGGGGGUCAGCUAAUCUUCCAGUUUAAGCUUUU